AUGUCAGUCUGGCAAUCGCAUACUAGCGAAGACGGCAGAGUCUAUUACUAUAAUUCGGAAACAGCAGAGUCUUCAUGGGAAAAACCAGAUGAGCUACUGACACCUCUUGAGCGCGCUCUCGCAAAGUCUCGAUGGAAAGAGUACACAGCAGAGGGUGGCUCCAAGUACUGGUACCAUGAAGACACUCAGGAAAGUGUAUGGGAGAUUCCAGACGAGAUUAAAAAGAUUAUUGAAGCAAAUAAUCCUGAAAUUAAAGAUACCGAGGAACCUGAGGCUACUAAGACAUCUGCAGGACCUACUUAUGAUACCUCUACAGCCAUCCGUGGCGAUGCAUUCAAGUAUACUUCCCAGUCCCAACUGGCACAAGCCAAAAUCCCCAAGUACGAUUCUGAAGAAGCUGCUACUCAGGCAUUUAAAGGCAUGCUUCGAGAGCGUCAAAUUGAUGGUGAAUCACAUACAUGGGCCAGUGCCAUGAAGCUACUAAUUCGCGAUCCACGGUAUUGGGCAGUGACCAUGCCCCUUGAUCGUAAACGUGCAUUUGAUGAAUGGAGCGAUGAGAUUCGCCGUGAGCGUGCUGAGAAACGUCGCCAAGCUCGCGAGGAACAACUUCAAGCAAUGACUUUGGCUCUUACUGAGUACCCUUCUAUUAAGUAUUACACCCGCUGGCGUACUGUCAAGGAUUCCAUCAUGACUGAAAACCCUAUAUUCCGCGACGUUGAUGAUCCCAAAUUGUGUCACUACGCAUUUAAUGUUUAUCGCAAACGUCUGCGAAAUUCAUACGAAUCUAAUUUGGCCCGAGAGCGCGAGGUUGCCAUGGCCAAAUUGGAAACCUUAUUGGGGACCAUGGGGUUAUCUGCAUCAUCGUCUCAAUGGCUAGAUACUCUUGGUGAACUUAGAUCUAUGCCCAAGUUUUCAGAUGACCCACGUCUUAGCACUAUGGCUCGAGCAGAUGUUCUUGCAACUUAUGAGAGUUUUAUUCGUAAUGAUGAGCGGCGACAAAACGAUCAGGUUCAAAAACUUAAGAAGCUUCAGCGACGGAAGGAACGCAAAGUGCGUGAGGCAUUUGUUGGGCUGUUACAGGAACUACAUUCUAAAGGCUUAAUCAAAGCCCGUACAAAAUGGAUGGAUACUCGACCAAUUUUUGAAAAAGAUCAGCGAUACAUUGACAUUUGUGGCCAACCUGGGUCGACUCCAUUGGAGCUUUUUUGGGAUCUUGUGGAGGAAGAGCGUCGGAAACUUAAGUUACAGCGUGAGCAGGUGAUUGAUGUGCUAACGGCCAAGAAGUUUGCAAUUGACGAUGGAACUAAGUUUGAAGAGUUUGCCAAGUUUGUGCAAACUACAAUGGCUACAACACAUUCAAUUUCUGAGGAAAAUCUGGAAACCAUUUUUGAAGAUAUCAAGGCAGCUGAGGCGAAAAAACGCGAGGAAGACCGUUAUGCAGAUGAGCGGCGGAUUAUUCGUGCACAGAAUGAUCUCAGGGCUUUGUUUAAAGAACUGGACAACCCACCUAUUGGAAUUGAUGAUAAGUGGGAAGAUGUUCGUCCUCGUGUAAUUAACAGUGAAGAGUAUACGCGUGUUCCAACAGAAGAGCUGCGGCGUGAGGCGUUUGACCGGUACAUUAGGCGACUACAGGAACGUGAAAGAGAUGUUCGUGAAAGACGACGCAAAUUACCAGCAUCAAUCCCCCCCCCAGCAGGAAGUAUUCCUAGUGGGCUUCCUGGUGGAUUGCCAAGUAGUUUGCCGAAUGUAUUGCCUAGUAGCUUGCCUGCUCCACCGCAUGGGUCUGUUACAGCAACUCCACACGGGUCAUUACCGCCACCGCCUAUGGGAAUUCCUGGAAGGUAUCCAAUUCCUCGAGGGUAUCCUCCACCUCCUCCACCGCCGUAUUAUCGUGGUGGCUAUGAUCCUCAUCAACCCUUUUUAAAGUAUUGA